AUGGGUGUCCAGAAGGUCAUUGUGGCUGUGAACAAAAUGGACGCGGUACAAUGGGACCACGGACGCUUCGAGGAGAUUGAACAGCAAAUAUCUUCCUUCCUGACCACGGCCGGAUUCCAAGAAAACAAUAUCUCCUUUGUUCCAUGCUCUGGAGUCCUAGGAGACAACAUUUCUCGGCGCAGUGAAGACCCGCAUGCAUCCUGGUAUAAGGGCCACACCUUAAUCGAGGAGCUAGAAACAUCUGAGCCAUACACGCAUGCACUCGACAAGCCUUUGCGCAUGACGAUCGGUGAUGUGUUCCGUGGCGGUGUGCAAAACCCACUUUCCAUCUCUGGCCGUCUUGACGCCGGCAGUGUGCAAGUUGGCGAUCAAAUCCUCACCAUGCCGAGCGGUGAAACCGCAGUCGUGCGCAGUUUGGAGGUCGACAACAAACCUAGUGACUGGGCCGUGGCCGGCCAGAACGUUGUUCUGAACAUUGCCAACAUUGAUCCGAUCCACCUCCGCUCCGGCGAUGUUGUUUGCCGUCCUUCGUCCCCCAUCCGCACUAUCACGACCUUCACCUCCAAGGUCUUGGCCUUUGAGCACCUCAUGCCCAUGCAGGUGGAUGUUCACCGUGGACGUCUUCAUGUCCCAGGGCGCAUCAGCAAGCUGGUAGCCUCUCUUGACAAAGCCACCGGAGAGCCUCUGAAGAAGCGGCCGAAGAUCGUUGGACCUGGCACCGUGGCACGUAUCGUGGUCGAAAUGGAUCAAGCUGUCCCUCUGGAAGCCCCGACGAGAAUCGUGCUGCGUGCGGGAGGCUCCACUGUGGCUGCGGGUUUGCUCGAGUGA